AUGGCUACUGAGCUCAAGCUAUCCGAUGUCGAGUUCAUGACACCAUGGUAUCGGCAGCGGACCGUUAUGGUGUUUGGCAUCUGUUAUCCUCUCGCUGUCGUGGCUGUCAUCCUCCGAUUCGUGAGUCGGCGGAUAGCGCACAACGAACUCUGGUGGGAUGACUGGCUGUCUUUUGCUGGGCUUGUGAUGACAGGCGGUUUCUGCGCAUGCGUACUCUCGUGCCUUCCGAGUAACGACUUGAUCGACGGCAAACAAGAUAUCACGAACGCUCUUCUCGUGAAGGGUUCACAGGGGGCAUACACGGCUGAGCUGUUUUACUAUCUGAACCAGCUGAGCUUGAAGUUUUCCAUCUUGUGUUUCUACUGGAGAGUAUUUUCGUCCUCCAACUACAUGAGGACAUCCAUUUAUGGGAUAGGCAUCUUUAUCAUCCUCUGGUUCAUUGCGUCGUUCAUCGUUGCCAUUCUUCAAUGCGUUCCCGUUCAGGCCAACUGGGAUCCCAUUGCGAAGAUGCAGCCAGGAGUGAAAUGCGUCAACCUGAAUGGCUUCUUCUUUGGCACCUCGAUACCAAACAUCAUUGCUGACUUGGUAUUGGUUCUGUUACCGAUUCCACUGGUUCUGCGACUCAAAAUCACAAUCACACAAAAGGUCUUUGUCAUCUUUUUCUUCAUACUGGGUGGAUUUGUUGUAAUCACCUCGAUCAUCCGCCUGGAGCUCAUCACAAAAGUCAACUUCGCAACGUUCGCUGUAAACUGGACUAUGGAUAACUCGGUGUUAUGGACUAUCGUGGAAAACUGCUGUGGUGUCAUCAGCGUUUGCCUCCCGUCGCUUCGACCGAUCAUAAAACUCGUUCCCUGGAAGGCUUUCCAACACGCCUUCACGCACAGCUACGGCGCGAGCGGGGACUCCAAGACAAGGACGAGGACGGCGACACAUGGCUUUGAUCGAUCGAGGCAAAGGUCCCAGUGGAGUGAGAUUAGAUCGACGAGUGCUGGGCCAUCUGAUGCCUACGGAAUUCGCAAGGACACGCACGUUGAGGUGGUUUCUAUUGAGAUGGGAAGUGCUUCCAACUCGAGCCAGGUUCAACUUGCAGGGCAAUCAUCGGCCUAG